AUGUCAUCAACCACUAACAUCAACACUAUACCCGCUGAGCUUUUGAGUAAGAUCUUCUCUCAUGUCCGCGAUGACUCCAAAAUUGGACAAGAGUCAAUUGCACAAAGUCGCUUGGUAUCACGAAGAUUCAGAGAUGCGUCCUCGGUUUUCCUCGUCACCGAGGUCUCAGUCUGUCUCAACACAGAGUCCUUCGCACGUUUCGAAACUAUCUGUGCCCAUCCCAUAUUCAGUAAAGGCGUGCAGAAAGUCCACAUCUUGUUAUCAUACUACGAAGUCGAACUGGCCAACGACAAACAGCUGUACAUGAAGGAAGCCAAUUCAAGGCUUUUGCGACACUGGGAAACCAUGGAACGAAUGAGAGGGUACAGAAAACGGUACGACAUUUCAGACGAGUUGUUUCGAUGGUUAGGAAAUAUUGCUUGGAGCAGUAGCUCUGACGUCCAGCAACUGAUCAGAGGAGAAGACCUCCAGGCGCCUCCCACACCAAUCCAAAAAUUGUACCUCAAGGCAUACGACAUGUACAAGACGAGAUUCGACGACCAAGAGAGCCUGCGAAAGGAUAAUGCACAUAUCGAUCGCCUAGUACAUGCUUUGUGUUCUCUCCCAGGCCUCCAAUCACUAAAUAUGGAUGACACUCAUGGGAAAAAGAUGAUCAUGAGAGAAACAACACAAACCAAGCUCGGUGCCAAUCAUCUAGCACCUGAAGACUUUACCGACACUGGGUAUAAUCGAAACAUCUUGCAACAUUUUGACACUUUCAUCCGUCAAUCUGGCUGGUGCGGCUCUUUCAAAACAGAUGGCUCACGCCAACACAAUGGAGAGCUUGACAUUUCGACAAUUCCUCCUUUGGAGAUGCUGGGGGAGUUGUGCUCCCAGCUUGGUGAGAAUGGAGUUAGGCCCAAGCAAAUUAGAAUCGCCUUGAAGCCACCGCCCGACAUGCGACUGUUGACAAUGUCUCCCGCACAGCAAGAAAACGUGAAGCGGUUGGUUUCACAAGCUUCAGGCUUGACAUUCCGUUUCGACUUUUUCUCUCGUCCUCAUAAUCUUAACGAGAAUCCCAGAGAUGAGAUGAUGGCACUGGGCUCUAUCACGAAGCCAUUCUUUAGCGCGCCGAAUCUCGAGUUUCUAGAUAUCUACUUUGUAGAAUACCCUCGGUACUCAACGCCAACCGUCUCUUUGGGUGAGAUACUGCCUUUGGAUAUGUCCUGGCCGCGACUGGAGACUCUUCGGCUACAGUACCAACCCAUGACUAUCGAUGAGUUGAGAGGAUUGGUCAGUAAGCAUCGUUCAACCGUUCGCGAGUUCAAAUUACCAUCUCCAUGGUUUCUUCAAGGUAGCGUACACGAUGCUUUGAAGACUAUACGUGAUUUCGAGAAUCUGGAAAGCGUUUCCAUGACGUUUCCCAAAGGGUCUGACUUUCGGGGUACUGGUACAUUGGACUUUAAAUGGCCCCAGGACGAGAUCAAGAGUUAUCUGCUCAAAGAGACUGAUGUCUUCCCACUUCAGGACAAACUGGAUUACACUAGAUAG